AUGGAUCAACAAUGUUGUAAUCACCAUCAUCAUCAUCACCUUUCAUUUCAUUAUUCUCUGGGGUCUCCUGAAUUUUUUUGGAGCCCUGGAUUUUUCUUUUUUCUGCUUUCUCAAUUUUGAGAGCUACUAAUCUGCUACUACAUGUUCAGAUUAAUUAGGUACCUUAUUGUCAGUGUGGAACCUGGCAUAUCAACCUAAAUGGGGUUGAAACUAACAAAGCAGGAACCACCCAAAAUCAACAGUCCAACAAAUUUGGAAAUACAUCAUCGCAUGAUCCAUUACCUUACCAAGAAUUUCAUUCGUAACUUGGUAUCCAAGCAAAGGAGAAGAAUUCUUAUUGCUGGCUAUGAUCUUGACAUGUCAUAUAUCACAGAUAGAGUUCUGGCAAUGUCAUUUCCUGCCGAACGUAUGAGAGCAGUGUAUAGAAAUCCUCUCUGGCAGGUUAAAUCUGUGUUGGAUAUGAGACAUCAAGAACAUUAUAAGGUCUAUAAUCUGUGUAUAGAAGAAAGUUAUGAUCCAGCACACUUCUACGGUCGUGUGGAAGCAUACCCUUUUGAUGACAAUCAUGUGCCAUCUCUUCAAAUGGUUAAAAAUUUCUGCGAAAGUGUCGAUUCAUGGCUGUCAAAAGACCCGAGAAAUAUUGCUGUUAUUCAUUGCAUGGCAGGUAAAGGUAGAACUGGCUUAAUGGUGAGUGCAUACCUAGCUUAUUGCGGCAUGUCAGCAGAUGAAGCUCUUCAAUUAUAUGCAGAUAGAAGAACAACAAAUAAUGAAGGAGUAUCAAUACCGAGCCAACGUCGUUACGUAGGGUACUGGGAAAGUCUGCUUUCUGUCCCUAGAGGGAUUGGAUAUGGAUCUCCAAUUGUGAAUUUGCCUCCACCCUGUAGCAGAGAAUUACGGCGAAUCCGAUUGUACGAUACUGCAAACAUUGACACGGUUUUCUUUGUUAUAUCAGAACUGCAGGAGAUUCCUAACGAGGUCUACCGUCCAGCCAUCGAAAUUUGUAGGAGCUGCUGUAGAGAGGUUAAGAAAGGUUAUCAAAGAACAAACAGUCCGCGCUAUUAUAUUUCUAUACCUGAAGGUGAUGAAGAUGGAAAACAAUCGGAAAUAGAAGAACCUCGUGUCGUAGUUCAAAUGGAUACAGAAACUCCUGCGAUAUACCAGAAAUCUUGUUUGGACCAUUAUUUUGAUAAACCUAUACAGGUAAUAGGAGAUGUUCGUGUGAUAUUCUAUGAGAAAAUGAUCGGAGGCCGUCUUUUCUACUGUUGCUUUAAUACAGCUUUUAUUAGGAACAGCUUACUACAGCUCACAGUAAAGGAUUUGGACAAAGUUGGGAAGAAAGGAAGAUCGAUUUGUGGACCUACAUUCUGCGUAGAAUUAUUGUUUGGACCUGCGAACACAGGAUACACGUCUUCAAAUAUAUCUCUUGGGGAAAAUUUCACCGAUGAUUCACUAUAAAAAUACAAGUCAUGUCCAUUCGAAAAAUAAUAUGAAAGGUCGUGUCCGAUUCUUCACGCAACCUGUUGUAAUAUAUUUCCUGCAAAACGAUCCCAACAAUGAGAGUCCCUUACUGUGUUUUUGUAAUUUCAUCAGCUGUCUUCUCGUCUAAUUUUUUCAUUGGCGAAAGGCCUAAAUGUAAUUUUUUGUAUUGUUUAUUGAUUGAAUAGCAUUUUGCAGAUGAUAAAA